AUGUAUUUUGUCUCUCCUGCAGCAUCCACAAAGAUCAGCGAGGGCAGACAUAAAGAAAUGUCUUCUUCACUGUUCAUCAGUUUGCUGAGGGUUCCUCUGCUCCUGCUCCUGCUCUAUGGGUUUGUUUGUUCUCUGGACGUCCUAAGCUCUGCUUUUCAGCUGGCUGGAGGCAAAGUGGCUGGAGACAUUUUCAAGGAUAAUGCCAUCCUGUCCAACCCCGUCGCCGGACUCAUGGUGGGGAUACUGGUCACGGUUCUGGUCCAGAGCUCGAGUACUUCCACAUCCAUUGUGGUCAGCUUGGUCUCGUCCGGAUUGCUUGAAGUAAAGUCUGCCGUCCCCAUCAUCAUGGGCUCCAACAUCGGCACGUCUGUCACCAACACCAUCGUCGCCCUGAUGCAGGCGGGAGAGAGGAACGAAUUUAAACGGGCCUUUGCCGGGGCGACGAUCCACGACUGUUUUAACUGGCUGUCCGUGCUGGUGCUGCUGCCGCUCGAGGUGGCGUCGGGUCUGAUGAGUUUCCUGGCCAGAGUCACUGUCAGCGGCUUUCAGCUGCACAGCGGAGAUGAAGCGCCUGAACUACUGAAGACGCUCACCGAGCCCUUCACCAAACUCAUCAUACAGCUGGAUAAAUCGGUGAUAACGGGCAUCGCCCUGGGCGAUGAGUCCAUGAGGAAUCACAGCCUCGUGAAAGUCUGGUGCAAGUCCAGCUCUUCAGUGAAUGUGACAGCAGCUGCCGCCCAGAACUGCUCCGCUGAACUGCAUUGUGGGAAGGACAGUAAUCUCACCUGGAUCAUACAGAAUAUCAGCAAGCCGAUCAACGCAGAGAAAUGCCGGCAUCUGUUUGUGGAUUCGGGUCUGUCGGACCUGGCGGUGGGGCUGGUUCUGUUAGCCGGCUCUCUGAUGGUGCUGUGCUCCUGUCUGCUGCUGCUCGUCAAAGUGCUCAACUCACUCCUCAAAGGUCAAGUGGCAAAGGUCGUUGAAGGGGUCAUCAACACGGAUUUCCCGUAUCCUCUGGGCUGGCUGUCAGGAUAUCUGGCCAUGCUGAUGGGAGCAGGAAUGACCUUCAUCAUCCAGAGCAGCUCCGUCUUCACCUCUGCCAUGACUCCUCUCAUAGGCAUUGGCGUGAUCAGUCUCAAUAGGGCGUAUCCUUUGACCUUGGGCUCCAACAUUGGCACGACCACCACGGCCAUCCUCGCCGCUCUCGCCAGCCCCAGAGAGAAGCUCCCCGCUGCGUGCCAGAUUGCCUUGUGCCAUUUUUACUUCAACAUCUUUGGGAUUUUACUGUGGUAUCCAGUCCCGUUCACUCGUCUGCCCAUCCGGAUGGCGACUGCGCUGGGUGAACGCACAGCCAAGUACCGCUGGUUUGCCGUGCUCUACCUGCUGGUCUGUUUCCUGCUGCUGCCCUGCCUCGUGUUCGGCAUCUCUCUGGCCGGAUGGCAGGCCAUGGUCGGCGUGGGUGCGCCGUUCGCAGCGCUCACCGCCUUCGUCCUCCUGGUCAACCUGCUGCAGUCCCGCAGUCCCACACACCUGCCCAAGACGCUGCGCAGCUGGGACUUUCUCCCGCAGUGGAUGCACUCUCUCAAACCGCUUGACAAACUCAUUACCAAAACCACGGCGUUGUGCUGCAGCCCGGCUCGACUGAAUGACCCAGAUGUGGUCGUAGUGUCUCCAGACACAAUAAACAUCAAGCCAGAAUCAAAGAAACAAGCCGAGCAGUGGUAUGAUAACCCUGCCCUGUCCCUACCGGAGGAGAUUUCCUCAGAGCCCAGAGUCUUUAGACUUAGAGGACUAGAAAGAUGCAACAGCACGCCGUUAUAGAAAGUCUGUAUUCUUCGUAAAAUGAAACAUCCGGGUUUUUAGUGCCUUUCAAUGGCCAGUCUCAGAUUUAAGCUCUGUUCCAAAGCCAAGUGAAAAUUUUAAGGCAUCAUAUGCAUGAUUAUUCUGCCUUUUAAGAUGUCAUAUUCUGGCCUAAAUAUAAGACAACAUCCCAUGCAUCUUUCAUGUAGGAGAUGAUCUCAUAAUGCGUGGUGACAACUCGGUGAGAGACAAAGUAAAAAAAAAAAAAGCUGAUUAGAAAUGUAUUUUAGUGCCGAAAAGUACACUGUAAACCUGAAUAAGUUGGGCUAACUUUUUUGAGUAUGAUGUUCCCAAUUUUAAGUAUGCAUCGAGUUGAGUUUGUAGUACUCUUGCAUGUUAAUUGCUUCUAACUUGAAGCACUGAGUUUGCUAACUCAUUCAGCAAUUAUCAUAAAAGAACUUUUUUUCACUUUUAGUGCUUGCAAAUCAAAUGAUGUAAACCCUAAUAAGUUGUCAGAACUCAAAAAAGUUAAACUCAACAUUUAAGAUUUUUAUUUUGUACUCAUACAUUUUUAUUGUUCUUAACUUGAAAUAUUUGAGUACACUAAUUUAACUUAACAUGAUCAGGUUAUCUCAAUGUAAAUAUUUUGCUAGCUGUAACACACUAAUUCAGAACAUGCCAACUUGCUAAUUUGCUAACAUGUUAAUAAUAGCAUGGUUUAGCACUUGCUGAAUGAGUACAGCAACUUAAAACAUGUAACUUACCUGCUCUCAAACCAAGAAGUAUGCGCCACUUCACCAUGAUGAAAACUCUCAAAUCCACAUUAACAGAAACUCUUCUAUAUUAGCAUGACAAAACAUUAAUCACUACUAAAUCUCCCUUAACAUUAAUCUUGCACAAAAAAAAAAAAAAAACAUUAUAUAACACUUAAUUUUAGCAUUUACUCUCCCUUUUGAGUGCCAUGGUCAAAGCAUGCUGAUAAAUAACAAAUGCAGUCCAGUUUCAGUUAAAAUCAAGUUAGUCUAAAUUAAAAGAAAUGAGUUCAUACAACUCAAAACAAUGAAA